AAUGGCUGGCAGUGCAAACCAAAAUCAAGAACUUGACACAAUUGGUAACCGCAAGCCUGGAGUUGAUGCAAGUGGCUUAAUGUUGGCUGCAAAAUUGCCAAAGGUAUCGGUCCCCGUGCGCGAGGGAGAUUCCAUAAGACGUCCGCGUGGCAGGCCAGCUGGCUCAAAGAACAAGCCUAAACCUCCAAUCAUCAUCACGAGGGACAGCGCUAACGCCCUGCGUGCACACGCGAUGGAGGUGAAUUCCGGGUGUGACGUGAACGAAAGCCUAGUGAAUUUUGCCCGAAGGAAGCAACGUGGCAUAUGCGUGCUGAGCGCUACAGGGUGCGUGACAAACGUGACAUUGAGCCAACCGGCCACGUCAGGGUCAAUUGUGACCCUCCAUGGCCGGUUUGAAAUCCUCUCGAUGCUUGGGUCGGUCCUACCACCACCAGCCCCACCAGGGGUAACAGGGCUAACAAUUUACUUAGCAGGAGCUCAGGGACAGGUCAUAGGCGGGGGCGUGGUGGGUGGACUCAUCGCCUCAGGACCCGUCGUGAUCAUGGCUGCAACGUUCAUGAACGCGACGUUUGAUCGCUUGCCAUUAGAUGACGAUGAUCUUGUUAAUUCUGCUGCUAAUUCUGCUCAAAACCAACAUUACCAAAAGAAUCAUCAGCGUCAUCAGGUCGAUGUUCCAGAUAUCUAUGGCUUACCACAGAGUGUAAUUAGUACUAAUGGUGCUUUGCAUCCUGAGGUCUAUUCGUGGGCACCUGGAAGGACUUUAUCAAAGUCCUAGAUUUGUUAAAGAGUCUUGAGGUUAGAAAAAAUAAUCAGUAACCAAGAAAGAACCAUAAAAUGUAGGCAUUUAAUAUUUUAUAGUAGUACUUAGCCCUAUUUUAUUCAGUUCUGUUAUAUUGUAAGCCCUUUAGCUAGAAAGAGAAUACAAGGCAAUUGUACUUCACCAGUGAAAGAGUAUUACAGAUGUUAACUUUCCAGUAUGUUGCGAAUUUAAAUGUAACUUAAUUUGC